GCAGUGAAACUAUAAAAAGGUCACCGGGAGCAAGGGGAAGAUCACUGCAGCCGACUCGAGUCCUUACUGUUUCAUCUGUAGUCUACAAACCAAAGACACCAGAAAGAUCAUAAUGGCCUUCGCAAGCGUAGGACUGACGGAUGCCGAUGUCGCUAAAGCCCUGGAAGAGUGCAAAGCCGCCGGCACAUUCAAGCACAAGACGUUCUUCCACACGUGCGGCCUGUCCAGCAAGUCUGCUGAGGAGGUCAAGAAGGCCUUCUUCAUCAUUGACCAGGACAAGAGUGGCUUCAUUGAGGAGGAGGAGCUGAAGCUGUUCCUGCAGACCUUCAAGGCAGAUGCACGCGUACUGUCAGAUGCCGAGACCAAGGAAUUCCUGAAGGCCGGCGACUCCGACGGUGACGGCAUGCUUGGCUGUGACGAAUUCGCUGUCAUGGUUAAACAAUAAAGUGGCAACUUACCAACAACACCUGCUCUGAUGGAACAACCAAGCCCACGUCGACCUCCCUACGUCUUCAUUUCAAUAUGAAUGAUUUUUAUACAUUUGCUGAAGAGACAUUUCCUCCUAUGCAACACAUUGUCCAAAAAUGAUGAUUAUGAAUGUCGCUCGGCUGUGUUCAUGUCUUAAAUAUGAAUUUUGCUUAAACUGUCAAAUCUAUGAUGCACUUUCCAGGUACAAACGGUAAAAAAUAUAUAAAAUAUAAAAAAAUAUUCUUUUUCUGCAGUC